AUGUCGUCGUCCUCAAAGCUGGACUCAAAAGACGCACAAUCAGAAUCAUCAUCGAUUGUUUACGGCCAUGAAAGCUUCGCGCAUUUCCAGCCCAAAGUCCUCGCCCUUGCCCGAUCCACAAUUUGGCCUCAUUCACAGCCCAAUGAUGAGAUCAUCGUUGAACGUCUUCGGGGCGGUGGCUUCAACCGGAUUCUCGGCCUGACUUUGACUCACAGCCAGAGCAAGGGCCAAUAUCCAACCGACAUUCAACCCAUAGAGACACGAGCUUCUAGGACACCUGUCGAAUACAUCCUGCGGAUCCUGCGGUUCGACGCUUCGCAAGUCGACGCUGACGUUGCUGCUCUUCUUUUUGUUCAGCGCUUUCUGAACGCCGAGCAGCAGAAUCGUAGGCCUGAGAUUCCCGCCCCAAGAGUCAUUUUAUUCGACGAGACGGAGGACAAUUGCCUCGAGUCAUCUUUCAUGGUCCAGAACCGUCUGCCUGGCCAGCCCUUAAUAGAUGCCUACCCUCAACUUGGGCACAAGCAACAACUCAGAGUGGCCCAGGACCUCGAUCAAGCCUACCGUCGGAUGCUCGCCAAAUCGAGCGCGCAGGCCGGAAACCAAUUCUGCACCAUGGUCUCCGAGAUGAACGCACAUGGCUAUUUCAAGAACUUCAACGGACAUUUCGCACUCUCACACCUCGACCUUGAGCCUCGGAAUAUCCUAGUCGACCCGGGCACAUCCUCGGACAGUCCGAUCAUAAGCGGCAUUCUCGACUGGGACAGUGCCGUUCUGGCCCCAGCCUUCAUGUCCUGUGCCCCGCCCAUGUGGAUCUGGAACUGGCAAGAGGAUGAGGACGAAGAUGAGCGGCUGGCAAACGAAGAGCCCGCAACCAUCGAACAGAAAGAGCUCAAAACAGUCUUUGAGGCUGCAGCUGGUGCUAGAUAUGUCCACUCGGCCUACCAUCCAGCUUAUCGGCUGGCCCGGCGUCUUGCUCCUGACCCCAAGCUCGAGCUUGGGGAUCGUGAGGACAAUAAAGUCGCUCCGGAAUUCAAGCCUGGAAACAACACACUUGAAUACCGGCCUAUCCAUUAG